CCCUUCUAGCCCAUGAAAGUGGAGACGAAUAAAAUAUAUUUACUUUCUGGUGGGUCAGUUUAAAGAAAAAUUAGGUCUGGGGCUUACCUGUGCCGCCUUUCCGCAGGUGGAGAGGCGGGGCGUGUACUCACUGGCAGCACCUGUGUUCUCCUUUUGCUCAUUAGCGAGAACGAGAUGUGCGCCAAAAUGGACCAAAAUAAAAUGCCAAUGAAAAGAAACAAAAGCUUUCUCAGAAGUGAUUGUUUUUCCAGUUGCUCUGGCAUUUUGGUCACUUCUGGGGCUAAUCCUCUGCGAGGAAUGUUUCAAGAAGCCUUGACACGAACCAUCAGAUACCUGAAGCUUUCUGUUAAGAGCCAUUUCCCUUAAAGUUGUGUGUCUUGACAGCUCCAUUCCUUUUUAAAAAUCCUAUUCGUUUACACACAGGUUAGCAUUUGGCAAGGGUACAUGUCUUAGGAGGUGUGUAGCAGGAGCUGUAGAUUCUUGUUGCUCGCUUUUUCUUAGGUUGCAUCAGUAUUUGGCAACGUGAUUGGUAUACCUAUUUCCUAGUAAAUAAACGAUGGUUAGAAUGAACGUAACUGCUAAUAAAAGUUUAAAACGGAGGUACUCUUCCUGGGAUAAAGUAUGGUAUAAAAAUACCUUAGAUGAAGUAAUACAUGAGUACUGCCCUGCUGUAUCCUAUUUUUAAAUAAUUUGCCUUCAAGAAUAGCAAAUGUGUAUUACUGGUAUAGUUUUCAGACAAUAUCCUUCCAACAUCAGCAAAUGAAGUCAACUGUAAUACUACUAUUCAGAUGAUCAGCAAAUAACACGCUGUUAAAAGUUCUUUCUCCCACCCUAUUCAUGAUAAACGCUGAGACAUUAUGCAGUCCAUCUAAAUCAAAUGUUUAAAAAUGUCCAAUUAAGUUUUUUCUUCUUUCAUAUUUAAAAAAAGAAAAACUCUUAAUUUUUCAGGUUCAGAUACUUUGUGACCCUAUUUGAUGGCUUGUAACUGGCUCCAAUUCCCUAAUUCUCAGUGACAUGUGUUUCUGCUGGUUCCAGGAGGUAAACUGCAGUUUAGCAGAUCAUGGGAUAAUGAGAUUGGGAGUGCUUGGGGGAAGGCUGGGGAGAAGCAAUGAGAUGAGACAAAGGGAGGGAAGGUUGAUAGGCAAGAGCCAGGAUUUAUAGCUACACUAGAUUCUUCAUAAAGGCUGUUAACAGUGGUUGCUUCUGUUUGAUACAUUUCCCUACAUCAUCAUCAAUUCAACUUAUUUUUAGAAUCAGUCUUCCAAAUAUAAGGAGAGAAUUAUAGAAAUAGAAUAUGAUAAGGGUGCUUUAAUAUACUAGGAAAACUCUACCUGUAUAUAUGUAUAUGUAUAUUUACACACACUCACAUAUAUAUAUAUAUAUAUAUAUAUUUGUCACAUAUAUAAUGGCAAAUCUAAAUUUCUGCCCUCAACAAACUAAGGGUUGUGAGUUCUGAAAUAAUUCUAAUCCUGUGUCAGGUUUUCAGGGUAAAGAUACCAGCUGUAGUACUGUUAAGAAGAGCACUUAAUUGCCAAGGAAUCAGAUGUCUAGAUUCAGGAAUAAAUGCUUAAACUUUGAUUUAACCCUGAACAUUGUUUUUGAGCAUUUUAGAUAAAGAGUCUAAAUAUAUGGUAAGAAGCAUUGUGUGCACCAUCUUUUUACCUUUUUAUAAGAUAGUUUUGGCCCUAAAACCUGCAGUCUUGGCAAGUGCAGUUCUGAAUUGGAGAGGAACAGAAACAUUGUAAUUCUCAGUUUUCUUAGAUGAAGAUAAGGUGAGUGAUUCAGUGGUCCUUUGUUCUAGCUCUGUGUUUCAUGACAUAAUAAACCUCCAGCAGCUCCCUUCUAAGAAUAGUGUUGGUCUGCAUGCUUGAAGGAUCAUGACUGUUAUUUCUCUGAAUGGAAAAAAAAGAAAUGGGAUUAUGAUAGAUGGAUACAAGAAUACAGCAGAACAUUUAAACAUUUUAACUUUUUGAGCUGGAAUAAUUUCUAGACAUUUUUCCUGGGUUUAGACUAUUGAAAUCUAUUACAUCUGUGACAAACCUGGCAUAAUAUUGACCAAGGUUGGCAAAUGUUUUCCUCUGACCAUAUUCCUAGGACACAGAAGCUUAGGAAGACUAGCUUCCUUUCAUUCCUCACCUCAUGAGUCUACUAACAAUUCAAAGCUCAGAGAAGCUGGCCGAAGAGCAUCCCUAUUUGGUUAUUGCUCUUUGUUUCAGAAAAUCAGACUCAGCUGUGAAUGGUGGCCCAAGUGGUGCAGAACUCAUUACUUUGAACAAUGCCUCCUCCGCCUGGGAAGCAUGUUCUCUCUCCUCACUAGGAGGGGCUUAUCCCCGGCCGGCUUUGCUCACAAGGAAAAUCAUUUAGACACACUUCAGUGGACAUUCGCUCACAUCUCUUUGACAUCCAUGACCAUUUUUGUUUAAGGAGAAAUCCAGGACUGCUAUGGCAGAGUGUGCCGAAUUAGAAGUGCAUUUUAGGAAGCCCGUGAAGAAGUUUACACAGCUUUGUGUUAUUGUCCUCGACGUUUCUGUCUUCAGAGUGAAAGAGGGCAUGGAGGACCCAGAAGGGACACCUAAGAAAACUUUCAUAGCAAAGUUAAAAAAAAAAAAAUCUUGCCAAGUCUGCAUUUUGGAUGCACUCAACUAAAUGCUUGUGCCUCAUUAUCGUCAGGAAAUGAGAGGGCAGAAAAACACGCCUACUAUGCUUAUUGUAUAAAUCAGGAAACCAGGACCUAAGGCUGCUAAAUGAUUUUCUUCAAGCCACACAGCUAAUAAAUGAAAAAUCUGGGAUGAAAUUAUUCUGAUUUCUAACGAUCCUAUUUGCAGAAAAUCUAGGGAGGGCAGAUGUGAAAUUCUUGUUCUAGACUUUGGUAUUCAUGACUAUAUGAAAUUACUAUACUUGUAGUUAUAAAAUGGUCAAACAUCAGCAAUGUUUUAUGACUUAAUCCAGUUUCAUUGAGUGGAAUUGACAGUGGGCACCUUCUGACUGGAUACUUGGUUAUAAGCAUGUGUGCAUCAUGAGAAUGUAUAUGGGUCACAUGCAUAAAUGCAAAAGAGAUUCUUUUCAGUGUGUAUUUUGGCCUGAGAAUUCUGCCACGAUUAGGAUUUAACACAAGAGAGAACUACAACAGCCUUUGUGGUUAUUGUCCACUAAAUAUCUUAAACAAGGGGCUCUGGAAGAAAAGGAGGAAAUGAUCAGUAAUAUAUUACUGCCAUGUGCCUGGGCAUUUACUUUAGGUCACUUUAACACAUAAUAAUCAAGAGAAUUGCAGGAAUUAUUAUCCCAUGUUAUUGAUGAGGCUUGAAGAUUAGUUUCUUGCCCAAGAUUUAGGUGAGUAUGGAGUAGUCUUGGAAUUGAACCCAGGUGUGUCUGCCUCCCUGCUCUAUCUCAUCCUGUUGCUACUCAAAAAGCAAGGCCAAAUCUAUGAAAAAUACUCAAGUUUUGUUUUCAAAUGCACCAUGUCAUCCAAAAUACAGAUAUUCAGAAGUUUUUCUGGUGAGCGGAGAAGCUGCAUUCCCUUUAUGGAGUUUAUGAGGCUGUAAAUUCAGGCCUGGUUCCAGAAAAACAUUCAAGACUUUGUUUAUAAACUGUGUUGGCUAUUUGUUUAGAAGUGAGUGGUGUUUAGAUUCUCUUCUGCGAAUGCUUUUCCAGAUCAAAGUGUCCCACUUACCACUUGGAGGUUGUUGUCAAAUUGUGGCAUCCCAGGACUUAGAUAUUGAUGUUUAUCUCAUGUAAACGUUGCUCACUGAUUUUUUUUUUUUUUUUUUGAAACAACGACUUACUGCUGGAUAGAAUCAGAUAGUGUCUUUCUGUAAUAUUCUUCAAAUUGGAGACCUGAAUUGCCUUGACCAGUUGCUGAAAAUUUCUAAGCUUAGGCCGCUGGAGAUUUGGUGCUCCUAGAUCUAGUCUGGCUGUGGUGUUGAGAUUCUACCGAGCCGAUUUCAGAUUUGCAGUAUUUUUGAGCUGGUUGACCCAUGAAGAAACUAAAGCUCAGGAACGUCCAUAUUCACACAGCUGAGUUGGGAUUCGAACCUUGGCAUUGCCAGCAAACUUUAUUAGUGACCUUAUUAGCACACCAUACCUUAAAAGUACACGUCUCUCCUUGGCCUUCUUUUUUCUCUGUGUCUCUGACUCCAGGAGAGAAGAAAACGUUGAGGGUUUCAGAAGAUUGGAUACCAGACUCCACUUUGGAAUUCAGACAAGCCUUGCUUUAGGCAACACAUAGGACCCUGGAGCUCUCAGAGUUUCCCUGUUCAUGAGGUUUUUUUUUCUGUCUUAAACUCUACCAGCAGCCCCUUUUCUUUGUGGCUGGUUCUUCUGAAUUUAGCAAGGGACUUAAAAACCUGUCCAGCCAUUCAGAUGCCCAUAAAUUAGCUAUUAAAUUGCCACUGGAAGGCAGAAAGCUCUAGUUUGGUGCUAUCACAUCUAAGUUACUGAUUAACUGAUCUAAGGCAAUCAUGGACUCUCUUUCAUCUGCCUUCACUUCCUUGUUGUUAAUCUAUAAGAACCAAACAUUUGAAUUCAGCUUCCCACUUCCCUCUUCUCUCCCUCUUCAAUUUAAUUGAAAGAGCCUCUGGACCUUGAAACAGGUCUCCAUGGCGUUUUAGCAGAACCUGUGCAAAACUACCCCUGGUGGGAACUUUGAAGAUCUACAUGGUUGUUUUUCAGGGGUAAGAAUCCUGGACCAGAAGUUAAGGCAAUUGGGUUUUGAUGCUGUGCCAGAAAUCUUCUGACAAUGAGUUACUGGAACUUGGAGAAAAGGAACUGUGUGCAGUACCGCAGGCACUUUCUGGUGGACAACAGUCUGUUUCAUGUUGAAAGAUGCAUGAGUGUGAUGCAGUCCGGGACUCAGAUGAUCAAACUGAAACGGGGGACCAAAGGGCUUGUCAGGCUCUUUUACCUGGAUGAACACCGGACCCGCCUCCGAUGGAGACCCUCUAGGAAGAGUGAGAAGGCAAAAAUACUUAUUGACUCCAUUUACAAAGUCACCGAGGGUCGCCAGUCUGAAAUAUUCCACAGACAGGCCGAGGGGAACUUUGAUCCCAGCUGCUGCUUCACCAUCUACCAUGGCAACCACAUGGAGUCCCUGGAUCUCAUCACCUCCAACCCUGAGGAGGCUCGCACCUGGAUCACAGGUCUCAAGUACCUGAUGGCUGGCAUCAGUGAUGAAGAUUCCCUGGCUAAAAGGCAGAGGACCCACAACCAGUGGGUGAAGCAGACCUUUGAGGAAGCUGAUAAGAAUGGUGAUGGCUUACUGAACAUUGAAGAGAUACACCAACUGAUGCAUAAACUAAAUGUCAAUCUGCCCCGAAGGAAAGUCAGACAAAUGUUUCAGGAAGCUGAUACAGAUGAGAAUCAAGGAACUUUGACAUUUGAGGAGUUCUGUGUUUUUUACAAAAUGAUGUCAUUGAGACGGGACCUUUAUUUGCUGCUUUUGAGCUACAGUGACAAGAAAGAUCACCUAACUGUGGAAGAAUUGGCUCAGUUUUUGAAGGUGGAGCAAAAGAUGACUAAUGUGACAACAGACUAUUGUAUUGAUGUCAUAAGGAAAUUUGAAGUUUCAGAAGAAAAUAAGGCGAAAAAUGUCCUUGGCAUAGAAGGCUUCACGAAUUUCAUGCGUAGUCCUGCUUGCGACAUAUUUAAUCCAGUGCAUCACGAAGUGUACCAGGACAUGGAUCAGCCCCUGUGCAACUACUACAUUGCUUCCUCUCACAACACGUACCUGACUGGGGACCAGCUCCUAUCUCAGUCCAAAGUGGACAUGUAUGCGCGGGUGCUACAAGAGGGCUGUCGCUGUGUGGAAGUUGACUGUUGGGAUGGCCCAGACGGAGAGCCAGUAGUACACCAUGGUUAUACACUCACCUCGAAAAUCCUCUUCAGGGAUGUCGUGGAGACCAUCAACAAGCAUGCCUUCGUGAAGAACGAGUUCCCGGUCAUACUGUCCAUUGAGAAUCACUGCAGUGUCCAGCAGCAGAGGAAGAUUGCUCAGUACCUGAAAGGAAUAUUUCAAGACAAACUUGACCUGUCAUCUGUAGACACAGGAGAAACCAAGCAGCUUCCAAGUCCUCAAAGUCUGAAAGGCAAAAUCCUCGUGAAGGGCAAGAAGUUGCCUUAUCACCUUGGAGAUGAUGCAGAGGAAGGGGAAGUUUCUGAUGAAGACAGUGCAGAUGAAAUUGAAGAUGAAUGCAAGUUCAAACUCCAUUAUAAUAAUGGGACCACUGAGCAUCAGGUGGAGUCUUUCAUAAGGAAAAAACUGGAGUCACUGUUAAAAGAAUCUCAAAUUCGAGACAAGGAAGAUCCUGAUAGUUUCACAGUGAGGGCACUACUGAAGGCCACGCAUGAAGGCUUAAAUGCACACCUGAAGCAGCAUCCAGAUGUGAAGGAAAGUGGAAAGAAAGCACAUGGACGAUCCCUCAUGACCAACUUUGGAAGACAUAAGCAGAAAACAACAAAAUCACGGUCUAAGUCUUACAGUACUGAUGAUGAAGAGGACACACAGCAGAAUCCUGGAAAGGAGAUCGGCCAGCUGUACCGGUUGGGUCGCCGAAGGAAAACCAUGAAGCUCUGUCGAGAGCUCUCUGAUUUGGUUGUGUACACAAACUCCGUGGCAGCCCAGGACAUUGUGGAUGAUGGAACCACAGGAAAUGUGUUAUCCUUCAGUGAAACAAGAGCACAUCAGGUGGUUCAGCAGAAAUCAGAGCAGUUCAUGAUUUAUAACCAAAAGCAGCUCACAAGGAUUUAUCCCUCCGCCUACCGCAUUGAUUCCAGCAAUUUCAAUCCUCUGCCCUAUUGGAACGCAGGUUGCCAGCUAGUGGCACUGAACUACCAGUCUGAAGGGCGAAUGAUGCAGUUAAAUCGAGCCAAAUUCAAGACAAAUGGCAAUUGUGGCUACGUCCUGAAACCCCAGCAGAUGUGCAAAGGUACUUUCAACCCUUUCUCUGGUGAUCCACUUCCUGCAAACCCCAAAAAGCAGCUCAUCCUGAAAGUGAUCAGUGGACAACAACUCCCCAAACCACCAGACUCCAUGUUUGGAGACCGGGGUGAGAUCAUUGAUCCUUUUGUUGAAGUUGAAAUUAUCGGAUUGCCAGUAGAUUGCUGUAAAGAUCAAACUCGUGUGGUAGAUGACAAUGGCUUUAACCCUGUGUGGGAAGAAACCCUGACAUUUACAGUACACAUGCCAGAAAUAGCUUUGGUUCGUUUCCUUGUGUGGGAUCAUGAUCCGAUUGGACGAGACUUUGUUGGGCAAAGAACUGUGACCUUCAGUAGCUUAGUGCCUGGCUACCGGCAUGUCUAUUUGGAAGGACUGACAGAAGCAUCCAUAUUUGUCCACAUAACAAUCAAUGAAAUCUAUGGAAAGUGGAGCCCUUUAAUACUCAACCCCAGUUAUACUAUAUUGCACUUUCUAGGAGCUACAAAGAACAGACAGCUCCAAGGCCUGAAGGGGCUGUUCAAUAAGAAUCCCAGGCACAGUUCUUCAGAAAACAAUUCCCAUUACGUUCGGAAGCGAUCUAUUGGAGAUAGGAUUCUGCGGCGCACAGCCAGUGCUCCAGCCAAAGGCAGAAAAAAGAGCAAAAUGGGCUUCCAGGAAAUGAUAGAGAUAAAGGAUUCUGUGUCUGAUGCUGCAAGAGAUCAAGAUGGAGUCCUGCGAAGGACCACACGGAGUUUGCAAGCACGCCCUGUGUCUAUGCCUGUUGACAGAAGUCUUCUGGGGGCUUUGUCGCUGCCUGUAUCCGAAACUGUAAAAGACAGAGAAGGAAAAGAAAACUCUCUGGAAGAUAAGGAUGGCAGAAGAGAUGGGAAAGCAAGUAUAAAAGAACAACACUUUCCAAAUUUCAACAAAAAGUUAUCCUCUUCCUCCAGCGCUCUCCUACACAAAGACAUCAGCCAAGGGGACUCUGUUUCUACUGCCAACUUGUCAAUCACAGAACGGUUGGUACCGGGUCCUAAAAGUGGGAGAACCAAAUCAGUUGUGUUAAGUGAUUGCCAGGAACACCAGUGCCCCAACAAAUCCCUCUCCUCAAGGCAACAUUUAACUCAUGAUCCUGCAGUUAGCCUAACAGGAGAUCUACGAGGUAUGAAAAUCAAGGAAAAUGAGAAUCCUGGGGGCUUCGUGGCAGGGAAAAGCGCAUUGUCAGGAAGCAUCCUUUCUCAAAGCAAUCUGGAGAUUAAGAAGCUGGAAGGUAAUUGGGAUAUGGGCAAAGGUGCAACAUCCUUUUCCUUGUCAGAUGUCUCUACACUCUGUUCUGAUGUACCCGACUUACAUUCCACUGCGAUUCUCCAGGAGAAUGAAAUUUCCCAUCUUAUCGACAAUGUCAAUUUAACAAAUGAGAAUGAGCCAGGGAGUUCCAUCUCAGCUCUGAUUGGCCAGUUUGAUGAGACCAGUGAUCAGGCUAACCUCACAGUUAUUUCUCAUCCUCAGAGCCCCAGUGUGAUAUCUGGCCAUCCUCCCUUGCCCACCAUGGACCUAAAAAUGCCCUUCAAACAUGGCUUUUCCAAUGGAAAACCCAAGUCAUCCUUCCUGUGCUCAUCUCCUGAGCAGAUUGCACUCUCAGGGCCUGAGACCUCUGAAUGCUCAACACACACAGUUGUUUGUGAAACUAUCUGCACUCCUGUCUCUAAAACCAAACCAGAUGAUGACCAAGGGAAGGCCAAGACAGGGGCCAUGGAAAGCAGCCUGACUGGGUCCUCUAAUACUUCUCACUGCUGGUUACCAAAAAGCCCCACCCAUGGAAAAGGCUGGGAAAUGCUGAAGAACCACAGUCCUGCCACUUCCACUGACUUGACACUGGAAGAUGUAAUAGCUUAUCCUACUCUUGGUUUAAAUUCUGGGGGGAGCAGUCUUGUGGAAGUGGAUGGAGACUCAGAAAAUCUGUCUGUAACAACCUAUGAAUUUAGGAGAGAGGGCACAAGUCACCUUCCUUCUCCUUUAAAACUGAAGUACAGUCAGGAUGCGGUGGAACAUUUUCAAAGAGGUUUGAGAAAUGGCUACUGUAAAGAGACUCUUUAUUCUUCUGUCUCUGAAAUAUUCAACAAUAUUCAAGAUGUCAAAAAUCAAAAUAUUUCUUGUCUAGCCUAUCAGGGUGCUGGUUUUAUGCAUAACCCUUUCUCAAAUUCAGAUGCAAAAAUGAACCAGAUCUCCGAGCCUCUGUCUAGUGUUCAAGACAUGCAUGUUCCUGCCCCUGAGCAGUCCACACACCCUCCUCUGCCUGCUCUGAAGCUGCCCAGUCCUUGCAAGUCCAAAAGUUUGGGGGACUUGACAUCAGAGGACAUCGCCUGCAAUUUUGAAAGCAAGUACCAGUGUAUUAGUAAGAGUUUUGUUACAACUGGUAUCAGAGACAAGAAGGGCGUGACUGUGAAAACAAAGUCUUUAGAGCCUAUAGAUGCCCUAACCGAGCAGCUGCGGAAGCUUGUGUCCUUUGACCAGGAAGACAGCUGCCAAGUGCUGUAUUCCAAGCAGGAUGCCAAUCAGUUUCCCAGGGCGCUAGUCAGAAAGUUGUCAUCCAGAAGUCAGAGCAGAGUGCGCAAUAUUGCCAGUCGUGCCAAGGAAAAGCAGGAAGCCAACAAGCAGAAAAGUGUGAACCCCAGCACUGUGGGAGGAGUGGUUCUUCGAAGCAAACCCUGCGCUCCGGCACCUCCGGGGAACCGGCACUCCACCGGCUCCUACAUCGCUGGCUAUCUGCGGAGCGCCAAGGGCAGUGGCACUGAAGGCCGUGGCAUCCCUGAGGGCGCAUGCGCUGCCCUGCGCUCUGGCCAUGCCGAUCAGUUUUGUUCACAUCCUUCCAUUUUGCAGACCCAGCCGAGCAGUGAGGAUAAACCAGAAAUAUAUUUUCUUUUGAGACUGUGAAUUUCUGCAUUUUCAAUGUUUACAAGGUAUUCUGUAGAUUGUCUGAGUUUUCAGUUUUUCAGUAAAAAUGUUCCUUGGCUUUGAGAUUUUAUAGUGUAUUUUUAAACUUGUAUUUCUGUCUCCCUUUGACUCCGUGUGUUCUUGUUUAUGCAUUUGUAUAUAGAUUCGGGUGACCUUUCCCACAUACCUAUGCUCUUUCUCCUCUGAGGUGUAAACUCUUACUGGUAUGAUGUAUGUGCAUGCCCUAGAUGUGAAACUUCUCAGCAGCUUGGGUUCUAAUGUCCAUGUUUCCCCAAGAUGCUCUUUACUCUGUGUCCUCAGAUCACAGUCACAAAUGUCAUCAUUCUUACUCUCUAUUGAGUUGAGAUUUUACAAAGGACAAAGGGAUGAGUUCUUUAUUUUAAAGCCAUUAUCAUCCUUCCUGGUUUUCCUUCUUUAUUGAGAAGCCCAGACGCAUUUUUGUAACUCAGUUAAAAUAUUAAAAUAGUUACCUUACCUUUUAAGAUUUCUCUACCCCAUCCAGAAGGAGAGUUCAAAGGAGAUUGGUAGCUGCUUCCCCUACACCCUCUCAUUUUAGAGCAGGCUGUGAAGUUGUGAAGAAUAGAGCAAACUUAUGUAUAUAAGGACAAAAUUGUUUGUUUUACAUAGAUUUUGUUACAUAUUUUUGCUAAUGGCUUUGUAUGUAACAAGAACACAGUUGCCAAGCUAUUUGUUGUACUUUUGAAUUUCCUGAUUAAAUUAUAGACUGCAGAUAAUGGCUUUCAGAAUGAGGGACUUCCAGCAGAUGCUAACAAUAACUGUAGCACAAAUUGAGAACUUCCCAAAGCUUUCAAGAAAAAAAAAUUUUUUUUUUCUCAUAAUAAAACUCAAGUGAAUAGAUAAUUAGAAGAAACCCUUUCCCUUCAGGGAGCCAAGUUACUAUAUUUUAGUACCAACAUACAUUAUUUUCACUGUGAAUCCAUUUUUUUAUUGCAUGUUCAGAUGUCCCUCUUUGCUUUUUUGUAACAUUAACUGCAAUGAUAUUCUUGGAAUUCAUGAAAAUAUAAUUAAAGGAGAUUUUUAAACACUUGCUGAUUUUUUUUUUUCAAUUGAAGUUCAUAUGAUGAUUGUUCAGUAAGGAACCUGGAGCACUCAGAAAUAUUUGCCUUUUCAUCUCUCUCCAGCAGAAGAGAUAACUUCUACAGGAGACAGUUUUAAGCCUUAUUUUAUGUCUUUGUUUUCACUGUGCUUUAAAGACCAUAUUUGUAAGGUGACUUGAAAAGAAAUGUAAUGAGUUUAUUUGCAUCUGAUGUUGUUACUAGUUUAAAAAUCCUUCCCAAAUCCUGUUCAGUAUGGGGCUGAGUGGGGCUGGCAAGACACUGUUUGGCAAAUAAGACCACCUGAAGCUCUGUUGUGUUGGGGGAGGGUGGGGAAAGAAAGCAAUUAGACCUUGUUUUCUCUCAGUUCCCAGCCCUGAACUUUUUCUCCAGUGAGGAUCUUCCUAUCUUUAGACAAGCACUGGGAUGCUGGCUGAGUAGGAGUAUAAUGGUAGAAGGAUUUUCUGUCCCUUAGUGAACCUGAGAUAUUUCAUCAUCUUGGUGGUUCUGAACCCACAAAGUUCUAUCCUUAGACCUUGGUUGGUUUUUAAAGUAUCCUCGGCUUAAAUUUACAUGGUGUAAAGUUGUUGGAAUUCAUUUGCAAAAAGGGAUAGAAUUUAUUGGCCUUUUAUAAUUUGACAGAAUCUGUAUUCUUAAAGAAAUCCAGGAGUUUACAUAUAGAUGUCAGCCCUGUCUCAAGGUGAUUUAAUAAUAACAUAAACAGUUGGUGCCAAGUGAUGGGUGAUCAGACCAAUCCCCCAGGUACCCAUGUGCCUGUCACUCAUGCGUAAAGUACUCCUGUACUGAUAGACUUAGGAAGAGAAGGGAAAGUGACUUCACAGUUACUAUUUGGGGGUGGCCUACUGGGGAAGAAGAGUCAAUAAAGCUUAAAUUUUACUUUAAGCUUUCAGCGCUCAGAUUAGACUUCUGAUCAGGGUUUCGGUUGUGUGGAGGAUGGAUCAGGAGCUCCCUCAAUCACAAGGAAAUCACACAGCUAGUGAGAUCUCAAGCAAGAUAUUAACAAGUUUUCUAAUUUUUCUAAGGUGUCCAGGAAGCCCCCAUUCUCUACAAGCCCUGUGGGCUUUCAAAGUUCUCUCACUUGACUCCUCUCUUAGAGGCUGGAUGGAAUAUUCUGAGGCUGAGCAGUGACAAGUGGCCAGGAGAGUUUCCUGUAGCAGAGGCAGUAUCCACAGAGGACAAAGUAAAGCUUCUUAACAUCAAUCUGGUCAAGUUGUAUUUCCUACUUAAAAUCCUUCAGUAGAUCCCUGUCACUUACAGAAUAAGGUUCCAUAGCCCUGCACACAAAUCUUCUUUGAUUUGGUACCCUUGUUUCUACAGCCUGGUCUCAUCUGCUUUGGAAUGCAUUUCCUCCUUUACCCACUACAUUUUCUAAGAUGUAUCUUGGACAUUCCUUUCCUCUAGAGAGCCUUCUCUGAUUGUCGCCUCCUCUUGUCUGGUUGUACCCAACUCAUUAAGAAUUCCUCAGUUUGGGAUUUCCCGUUGUGGCUCAAUGGGUUACAAACUUAGUAUCCAUGAGGAUGUGGGUUCGAUCACUGGCCUCAUUCAGUGGAUUAAGGAUCCAGCUUUGCUGCAAGCUGUGGUGUAGGUCGCAGAUGCGGCUUGGGUUCUGAGUUGGCAUGGCUGUGGCGUGGACCGGCACAGUGGCAUAGCAGCUAUGGUCUUAUGAAAUGUAUUUCUUAUCUAAUAAGACUUGAAAAUCAGAAUUACUCUUUGAUCCAUGAACUGCAGAAUGGAUGUUGAGUUAGCAGGUGUGAAAACAACCUGAAUCCAGACUGGUAAAACUUUCUCCAUAUUAGCAAUGAGGCUGUUUCACUUUCUUAUCAUUCACAUGUUUCUUCCUCUCUACAUUUUUUUUUCUUUUUUUUUUUAAAGUGGUGAAGUCCACCCUAGAAGGCAUUUACUUCCUGUGUGUCUAGGUUGUGUUAUACAACCCCUCCAGGCAGCCACCGGAGCCAAGAGCCUCUGGCUUAUAGUGCAGCAGUCUCUAUGUAUCAGUUGGGAAAUGUCCAAUAUAGGGACUGUCCGUGUGUGACAGUUGGCAGUGGCUGGGGUUUAAUCACCAUGGGGAUAUUUUGAAGAGCUAGAAGCACUGCAAAUGGUUGAUGACUGGGUGGAAUGAGCAACAGGGAUGACUGUAUCUAGGGUCAUAUACAAGCUGGUGCCUCUGUACUGGGUCCCUUGCACCAGUCAGAUUUACUUGCGUUCUGUUAUGAUGUCCUAGAUCUUGUAUGAGGACAAGAUGUAUCUCCUGUACUUCCUUAAGAAGGGAGAUGCAAGGUCAAUCCUUCCAAGUGUUAAUUGGUUUCAACUUCUAAACAAGAUUGAAAAGAGGAUUGGCAAACCAAGCCACAGCCUUCACGGCUGCAGCUGGUCCCAGGGUCAUAGCUGAUAGUCAUCAAUUCCCUCAUUUGUCACCCAUUCUAAUUUCUUUCACCUUCGGUCAACAUUUCAGCUGCUAUAGCUUACUCGCCUGGUAGGUUCACACAGUCCUUCCUCCCUGGUAGAUUUGAACCCUUGGUUGUUUUUCCUUUGUCAGUCAAUAGUUGUCUUCAGGGUCUACUUACAAGUACAACUGAGCACAGAAUCACCAAAGGGGACUCAGUGAAUCCUAUAAUCCAGAUGUACUGGUAUUUGACCCCAUUGUGUAGCAACAACCUCACCUUCUUAUGACAAUCAGUGUCAAUUAAACCAGUCAGAGUAAUUCUUUUCUUAUACACUGACAUGAGGAGUUCAAAGUAGUUCAGCUUCCAGUUCAGUGACACUUAAUGUGUUUUCUAGGAAAUAAUGCUCCCCCUGGGAAUCAGCAUGUCUAAUCCAGCAGAAAUAAGACUAGAAACAGCACAAAUUAUGCAAGUGGAUCAUUAAAAGUGAUAGUGAGAUAGGCUGAUUAUGUUUCUACCCCUGGGUUCCUGAAGCCCCUGCUUUUGGAUACGUGUACAGGAGCUUAGCCUGUCACCAUGGCCACUUCAUUCAUUAGCCUAUUGUGCAAGCAGUAAAUAGACCAAGGAGAGAAGCUAACUUAUACCCAAAAAAUAGGUCAUUCUAUCUACCUGGUUGUUGAGAUCCUCUCUGUGGCUAUGCCUGUUCUUUCGGAGUCACUCCUGAGAGACUGUAAUCUGGUGGUGAUCCAUUUCUGUGGAAUCCAAUAUAGCAUGCAAACUGUCUUUGAACUGAAGAAGAUCUUUCUUUCUUCAUUUGUUGUUUAUAGGGAAUUUCCCAUGAGACCACAGUAGUGAGCCGAGAGACUGGCACCAGUGCAACAGAGCCAGGUGAUUUGGCAGACUAGGCCAACAAAUUACAUUUUUUGCAUCUUCUGGACUACUUGAGUUGUGUCCUAACUAUUCCACUUCCUUCAUGCAAUAGUUUGUUUCAUGUCUCUCAGCCUUUUUUCUGAGAGUUUCUGUUAACACUAAGCUUGUGAUAGGCAACUCCAGUUGCACAGUUACUUGGUGUACCAUUGUCAGGCUCUCAGUCUUUACUUCAGAGGUUAUGUCCCUUCAUGUUCCAGACCACUGGUCCCCUAAAACUUUCACCGAUGUUGCAUGCCCCUUGAUCAUCAAGGACCUAACUUCCUACCCUCUGACAUAUAUGUGUUUAAUAGGGCAUUGAAAUUACUGGACCUGUUCUCCUCAUUAGGUCCAAUUAGUAAAAUGUCAAUCAGUAUAGAAAGGCUAGCAUGAUGCACUGUGGAAUAGGAAGAUGAUGGAGAUCACUAAAGAAAAGACCAUGACAGACAGUGGAAAAUUAACACAUAACCAGAGCAAGUACACCAAAGACUUACUGAUGGCCUUGCAAUGUAAAGAUGAUCUGCUUUUGAUCCUCUCUAUUGAUGAGAAUCAGGAAUAAAGCAUUUAGCCAAACAAUAGCCAUAAAUGAAGUGCCAGGUGUUGAGUUAAUUUGCUCCAAUAAAAUUCAGAUCUAGCAUGGAAACUAUAAUUGGGGAUAUUAUUUUAAGUUUAUAGUGGUGCACUGGCACCCACCAUGAUCUAUGUGAUUUUUUUUUUUUUGGCAGAGGCCAGGGAGGUAAAAUAACAAGGUGUAUUACGGGAAUUACCAUCCCUGAAUCUUUUAAGUCUUUGUUGGUACUGAUUUCUGCAGUUCCUCCUGGGAGGUGAUAUUGCUUCUCAUUUACUUUCUAGGCCUGGAAAGAAGAGGCAGUGCACGUUUUAAAAGUCAUAAUUCAUAGGUCUGUAAACCAAGGGUCAGCUUAUAAGUAUAUCUAUACCAUUAGGCACUCAGAGACUAGAGAAAUAGCCACUGAGUGGGUUCUUGGAAACUCCCUGGUCAGUGAUAGUGGCAGUGGCUGUAGUAGUCAGGACACAAAACUGUGGAUCACGUGUGAUGUGUGCUGUGGCUGAUGGAGGUGGAAACCAAGGGAAAUAGCCAUGGUGGUUGUGUUGGCCGAGCCAAGCAGGGAUAGGGUAUGAAUUGGGUUCUGGUCAGUCCUGUAGUAUAUUCGUCAGGUUAUUUAAACACCUAUAGAAGGUCUACUGAUAAGAGGUUUAAUCCUAAGACCUAGAAGUUAAAAAAGACAAAAGGGGAGUUCCCGUCAUGGCUCAGUAGUUAAUGAACCUGACUAGCAUUCAUGAGGAUGUGGGUUCGAUCCCUGGCCUCGCUCAGUGGGUUAAGGAUCUGGCGUGGCAUUGCCAUGAGCUGUGGUUUAGGUUGCAGAUGUGGCUUGAAUCCUGUGUUUCUGUGGCUGUGGUGUAAGCCAGCAGCUGUAGCUCAAAUUUGACCCCUAGCCUGGGAACCUCCAUAUGCUGCCGGUGCGGCCCU